UAUCUGUAAUUUUUACCUUAAUAUAUUACAGUUUUCUGACAACUCCAUAGUUGUCUCUCAAUCUCUUUCAUUUGUCACAACUCUGUAGUCAUCUCUCUGUCUCUCUCUUAUCUUAAUAUAUACUGUAAUGGAUAGCAAGGUUACUCAGUUACAGAAGGCCGAUAUGGAGGCUAUUCUUGGGCCUGACUCAGAGCCAUUUGAAACAUUUAUUUCUGAUCACAUAGACAGCUCCGAGGAAAAUGAUUCGGAGGCUAAGUCCAUAUUUAACAUGAUGAGGCAGAAGGAUCCAGAAUCCCUUGCACUUAAGCUUGUUGACUAUCUUGGUCCUUCCCACGACUUUUAUACCCGUCAAGAGUGUGCUCUCCUCUUAAAGAAGUUGCUUAAAGAUGAUGACUUAUGCACUUGGCACAAAUUAAGUGUCUCCACUCAAUCAAGCAUCAAGUGUAUGAUCCUUGAUUGUAUGAACCAAGAAGAAUCAGAAUUCAUCAUCGGAGAGCUUCGUUACACUGUUUAUACGCUGGCUGCUUCACCUCUUCCGGAUAAUAACUGGCCUGAGUUAUUGCCCUUCUUGCACCAAUGCGUCACUAAUUCUAGUUCAAACAACUUUUUAAAAAAGUCAGUUUUCUUAAUACUUGCGCAACUAGCUGAGCAUAGAAGCGAAAAGAUUGUCCUUUGGGUAAAAGAUCUGCACUCAGUAUUCCUAAAUACACUGAAUGAUGAUACCCUCGAUCUCAAUGUGAGGAUUGCGGCCACAAAAGCUGUGAUCAACUUCAUUCAGUGCGUAUCGAGCUCAAAUGAAAAGGAGCAAUUUCAAGAUCUAUUGCCAGGUGUGCUGAGGACGUUGGCUGACACAUUGAGCAGCGGUGGGGACGAGGAUGCAUCAUGGUACGUGCUGGCAUUUUUAAAGGACUUGGCGAAGAAUGAGCCUAGGUUCUUGAGGCGACAACUAGUGGUUGUUGUGGGUUCAAUAUUGGAUAUAGCAGAGUAUGAGAAAUUGCAAGAGGGGACGAGGCAUGGGGCGGUUGAAUUUUUGGUAACUUUGGUUGAGGCAAGCUGGGAGAAGACACCUGGGAUGAUGAAGAGGUUGCUCUCGUUUAUUAGCAGAUGUUUAACAGUGUUAGUGAAUUUAUUAGCCGGUAUAAAGGAUGACCCUGAUUGGCAUAGUGCCAAGACCAAGUAUGAUAGUACAGGGGCAACAAGUAACCACGGCUUUAGUGUGCACUUCAUAGAACGGUUUUCUCGUGCAUUAGGAGGUAAGUCUUUUGUUCAUAUUGCUAAAGAGCAGCUGUCUGCUUACUGGGAUGCCCCAGAGUGGGAGAAGCGCCAUGCAGCUCCCUUUGCACUUGCUCAGAUUGCUAAAGGCUGCUCAAAGCAGGUGAUGAUUAAGGAUCUGGAUCAACCGGUGAAAAAGGUUUUAAAUUGUCUCCAAGAUCCUCAUCCUCGAGUCAGAUGGGCUGCUUGCUGCGCAAUUGACAUGCUAUCAACUGUCUACCAUCCAGAUUUUCAAGAACAAUACCAUAACCAAGUAGUUCCUGCAUUAGCUGCAACUAUGGAUCAUGUUCAUCCACGAGUGCAGGCAUCUGCUGCUGGAGCUCUAUCCUUCUUCUGUGUGUCCAACAAGCCAGAUUUUUUGAUACCUUACCUAGAUGGAAUAGUUAACAAACUGCUUGUACUUGUACAGAAUGGCAAACAAAUGGUCCAACAAGAAGCAUUAUAUGCAUUGUCUCGUAUAACUGAAUCUGUUAAGGAGUACUUCCGGACCUAUUAUGACACUGUUAUGCCACAGUUGAAAGCUUUCUUGAGAAAUGCAGAUCUUAAAUCCGAUUUCAUUCUUCUUGCCAGAGCGAUAGAGUGCAUGAGCUGUGUUGGGUCUGCUGUUGGCAGGGAGAAAUUUAGAGAAGACGCAGAGCAGGUCAUCAAAGUGAUUAUGAUAUCAUUACAAGGAAUACAAGCGAAGGGGGAUGAUUCUCCAACUGAAUACUUGCUAAGGGCAUGUGCUGCAAUUUGCGAUUGCCUAGGACAGGAUUUUCUUCCUUAUAUCCAUAAAGUCAUGCCCUUUAUUAUUCAAUAUGCUCAACUUGAACCUGCUAUAACCAUCUCUGUGAAGCGGAACCAAGUUGCAGCCUGUUUUAUGCUAUGCCGCUUCGCUGAGACAUUAAAGGGAGACUUCUACCCAUGGGUUUCCCAGGUUGUUUCAGUCUUUAUUCCACUUCUGAAAUUCUAUACCCACAAUGGUCUCAGGAAAUGUGCUGUUAAUUCCAUGUAUAUUUUGUUGCGUUCUGCUAAACUAGCUGUUGAGAAAGGGAUCGCACAAGGUGCAAGUGAGGCAUAUUUCACAAAGUUGUCAGACCAUAUAAUGCAGUCUUUGCUAGAUGCUUUGCAUGAGGAGCCUAUGACAGAUAUAUCUGCAGUCAUGUUGAGUACAUUGAACAAUUACCUGCAGAUCAGUCCACUUCUCAAUGAAGGUCAGCUUCGUAGAAUAGUGACUGAGGUAAGGCAUGUCAUUACAGAAAGUUCAAACAGAAAACGAAAAUUCAAGGAGAGAGCAAAAUCAGAAGACUUUGAUGCUGAGGAAGAUGAAUUGCUGAGGACGGAAAAAUGGCAAGAAGAUCAUAUUUUGUGGCAGCUUUGUCGAAUAUUAAAAACAUUGAUCAAAAUGGUGAAGGCAGCAUUCUUUCCUUUCAUUGACGAGCUGGCAUCAUAUCUGAUUCCUAUGUGGGGAAAAGAUAAAACAGCUCAAGAGAGAUGUACACCAACUGUUAUCUUUGCUAGCCUAGUGAGGGAGUGCCCUGAAGCGGCUCUAAAGUACUGUGAUAUAUUUCUACCUUUGUUUUUGGAUGCAAGCAAUGACGAGAACCCAAGAGUUAGACAGAAUGCUCUUUAUGGACUUGGGCUUUAUGCGGAAUAUGGUAGUUCUGUUUUCAAACCUGUUGUUAAAGAGGCUAUUUCAAGGAUCAAUGUUGUGAUAAUGCAUUUAUGUGCUCGUGAACCUGAGAAUGAAUGUGCAUAUGAUAAUGCUGUUUCUGCACUGGGUAAGAUAUGUCAGUUCCAUCGGGAAAGUAUCAAUUCAGCCCAGAUUGUUCCGAUUUGGUUGAAUUGCCUGCCUAUAAAGGGUGACCUGGCUGAAGCCAAAUAUGUUCAUGGCGAGCUAUGUUCGAUGGUUGAAAGGUCAGAUAGAGAACUUAUUGGUCCCAGCUAUCAGUACAUUCCAAAAGUUAUUUCAGUUUUUGCGGAGGGAAGGAAGGUAACCCUUACGAUAAGAGAGUCUAUCUUGCCCAGGCUAUUAUGCUAUUAUCGGAUCAGUUAUUAAUGUCCCAUGUAGCUCAUUACAAAAAAGUAAAAAAUGCAUUUGAAAUCUUAUGAAACGUUAAAAAUUACACAAUAUUUCAUGCUUUUCUUCUA